CGAGUAUUUCUGGAUCCCUUUCACUGCUAUUUUGAUCAUGUCAUGUGUCUGUCAUCGCCACGGUUGGAGUGGCGAGUACGCACAGAUUUCCGCAACUUCAUCGUCCGGACUAAUUAUAGCUGGUUCAUGUGAGUCCCACCAUCCCGUCAAGCCUUCCUCCAUUCGUCAUUUCGACAUGACGGCCUCACCUCCUGACAACAACGAUGUCAACGGCAUCACGCUCGACCAAACCUACGUGAACGGCAGCGGGGGUGGCAAAGGGGGCGCUGAGGCGACGGCGGCAGCCCCCGCCACAAGGUCGUUGUCGCUCAAAGUGAACGUCCUCACAGGACUCGUCGUGCUGGUGUUCCUCCAACUCAUCGCGCUAUGGAUUCUCGUCUUCAUGUACCACGUGCCCAUCGAUUCGUUGAAGCUAUCGAACGACAUCUUCAAGACCAGCGACGCCCUCAAGGACAAGCCCUUGAGUUUCGGCCCCGACGGCAUGCUCCGGGCGGGGGCUGGCACCACCGCGUACUUGGACGCCGGCGUGUUGCCCUCGGACGCUAUCCAGUACGUCCAGCUCGCGCGCCUACCUUCGGCGACCACGUCGUCGUCGGUGCUGUUCUCGUACUACCUGCCCACGAAGUCACAGACGGUGGUCACGACCGCGACCGCUGCGGCCGACAAGUCGCUCAUCGUCGCCGACGUCAAGACGGCCAACAUCGUGACCAACCAAAUCCGCGGUACCGCCAUCCUCAGUGGCACUGCGGCAGUCCUCCUCGAACAAACUUCGUCGGGAGCAGUGUUCGUGACGCCGGCCGUACUUAGCCCGUCAUCCGUGGACGUCGUGCCCGCGAACCGAGUGGCGGUGACCACCGGCUCCGUGUCCAACGCCAUCGGGGCCAUCUCACCCACCCAAUUCGCCGUCUCGUACUUUGACGCGUACAACGCUACUGGUCUGUGGUACCAGAACGUCGUCGGGGGCACCCUCCACGCGGACGGCACGGUCGCCCUCUCGUCGCCGCCCCUUCGUUUCGGCGACGCCAACUUUGACGACGCGACGACGCAAACAAGCCAGAGCGUCACGUUUGCCAAGCCCGUGGGGAUCAGCAGUACCCCCGGCACCUUCUUGCAGCCGUGGUGGACGCCCACCGCGUCGGGGUCCAACAAGGGACUGUGCUUGCUCCUGGGCCAAACCAACGCCACCGCCACCGUCAAAGUCUCGGAAGUGUGCAACGACCAGUUCACCCCGUCCAGCUUUGUCGAUAUCUCCGUCGUGGCGCCCGCCACGGCGGUCAUUGCGCUCUACAACUCCAAGGCCAACGCCGCCUUGACGCUGCUGCUCGUGGAAGUCUUUGGCUCCAAUGUAUUCUUCCGCAGCUCGUUCGUGCUCGAAGAGUCGGCUGGGGAGUUCGACUUUGGCUCGUUCUACUCGUGGUACCCGGCGCCCAGCCUUGCGCUCGUCGGACCCGGCCGCCUCGCCGUCGCCUUCCUCAACGCCAACCGCCGAGGCCAGCCACACACACAGCUCUUCUCGAUCCGCGACGGACGCAUUGACCCUGUUACCCCCCUCAUCCGCGUCUCCAAGGACGACUUCUCCCUGGCUGGGCAUGGUGUGAACCAAACGAGUGGAGCCGUGACCAUCGCGGCUGCUGCGGUGUCGCCUGAAGCGUAUGUUGUGGCCUUUGGGGGCCAGUUGGAUGCGCUGUCCCCCAAGCGCCUCACGCUCGUCGAGUCGUUCGGUCCGCUUGUGGGCAUCGGAGCCAAGGGCGUGGUGGUGCAAGGGGCGGUGAAGGUCGGCACGGGGCUCACGGUCGGAUCAGUGUACUACACGACCACGCGCGGCGACAUCGUCGAAGGUCCCCCCGGCGGCUCAGUCGUAUACUUUAGCAACAAUGCCACGGCGGUGGCCGACUCGCGCUUGGGUGUGGCCGUGGACUCGAAGGCCAUUUACAUUGCCCCGAGCCCUACUAAAUAAGCAACAAGAUAAUACACGUCUACAUUUGCUGCA